UGUCAGUAACAUGAACUCUUUGAUUUAACUGCUUGAUGUUGUUGGAUAGAAACUGCAGUGCAAACACGUCGUUCCUUCAAUCCCAUUGAAACUGUCUCUGAAAAACAAGCCUUUGGUUUCUAAAGAGCUGAAAAUCCACUUCAGCAAACAGGAAGUGAAACCUGUUCCAGGUGGGCGGUCCCACCACCUGUCAGUCUCAGCAGACAUCAGUCAGUUUAAGGCUCAGAGUCCAAACACUCUGUGCAGGAAGUGUUGGACUCUAACAGGAAGUGUGUGAGAUGCCUCUGAGGGGCUUUGCUUGGUAAGGAAACACUUCACAUCACAAAUAUUAAUGGUGCAGAAAAUCCACAGAUCUGAGAACAGAAACAUGUGAGAUUGAGCCGCUCAUUAAAUGGAGACAUUAACCUUCAAAUGUGAACAUUACAAUAGUAGAAACAGAUGUGAAUCUGGUUUAAAUGUGUGUAAACAGCAGCGUGAGUGAACAUGAAUGAAUGAAUGUGACUGAGAGUUCAGCUUCGUACCUGCCUGUUCAUUUAUGAAGCUACGAGGAGUUUUUGGUGCCAGUUUUCCUCCAAUAAACUGUGAUGAUGAUUUCAAAGGAUUCAUAUGAAAUCAGGGACGGCUGUGCUGGACUUCAGGAGGCGUUCCCAACAAACAGGAAGUAAAGACUGAGCUGAAUAUUUGCUCUGUAAAAUCAUUUCUUUGUUGUUGUUCUCUAACAGCACACAGCAGUCUGCUGUUGUGUUGUUGUUGGCACACAAAGCACCUGUGAGUUUACCUGCUGAGGCUCCAACACUAAAGAAGGAUGCAGGUGGCCGCACUGAUGCCUGUUCAUCAUUUCACCAACAUGAAUCUGUGCAGGAAAUGUUCUUGUUGCUCUUCUUCUUCUUCCACACGCUCUGAUGUGAUUGGAGGACGGUCAGCCAAUCACAGCUGCAGCAGGUCACAUGUUCCACGCAGACACAGAUCAUGUGGGAGCAUCAUGUGAUCCUAAAGUACUGACUCAGGAGGAAGAGGAGGACAGAGCAGAGCCUGCAGGAUCCAGCUGUCCGUCCAUGAGGAGUGACCGGUCCAAACAUCGACCUCCAAACUUCAGUGAUGGACCAACAGAAGAGAAGAAGAGGAGCGGGGUCUGUGUGGAGGAGCGGCCGUCCUGCUGUGCUUCCUGUCAGGACGUCCUGAAGGAUCCGGUCUCUACCAGCUGUGGACACUGGUUCUGCAGACAGUGCAUCUCCUCAUACUGGGACCAGUCUGCUUCAUCAGGAGACUCCUCCUGUCCCCAGUGUGGACAAACAGAUGCUGGUCUGCAGGAGGUUUUAGAGGAACAUAAGAUCAGUCUGAGGAGGAGAUGUGAACGUGUGACUGAAGGAAGUGAUGAAACAGGAAGUGGAACCCUCCUGAACAGGAUCUACACUGAGCUCUACAUCACAGAGGGACAGAGUGAAGAGGUUCAUACCCAACAUGAGGUGAGGCAGCUGGAGACAGCUUCCAAGAAGACCCUCUAUGACAGACCAAUCAGGUGCCACGACAUCUUUAAAGCCUUCCCUGACCAACAGAGACCCAUCAGAGUGGUUCUGACCAACGGCGUCGCUGGCGUUGGAAAAACCUUCUCAGUGCAGAAGUUCAGUCUGGACUGGGCAGAGGGCUUGGAGAACCAACAUGUCAGUGUGGUGAUGCUGCUUUCAUUCAGGGAGCUGAACCUGAUCAGAGAUCAGCAGUACAGUCUUCUGGAGCUGCUCCAUGUUUUCCAUCCAACAUUACAGAAGGUCCCAGCAGAGAAGCUCGCUGUCUGGAAGCUUCUGUUCAUCUUUGACGGCCUGGAUGAAAGCAGACUUUCAUUGGAUUUCACCAACAGGAAGCUCGUGUCUGAUGUCACACAGAAGUCAUCAGUCAGCGAGCUGCUGACAAACCUCAUCAAGGGGAAGCUGCUUCCCUCGGCUCUCGUCUGGAUAACGUCCCGACCUGCAGCAGCCAAUCAGAUCCCUCCUAGAUGUGUGGACAGGCUGACAGAAGUACGAGGCUUCACUGACGCCCAGAAGGAGGAGUACUUCAGGAGGAGAUUCAGUGAUGAAGAGCUGUCCAGCAGAAUCAUCUCCCACAUGAAGACAUCCAGGAGCCUCCACAUCAUGUGCAGCAUCCCAGUCUUCUGCUGGAUCACUGCUACAGUUCUGGAGCACAUGUUGACCACAGAGCAGAGAGGAGAGCUGCCCAAGACCCUGACUGACAUGUACUCACACUUCCUGCUGCUUCAGACAAAGAGGAAGAAGAACAAGUACCAUGAGGGACAUGAGACAAGUCCACAGGAGCUGACGGAGGCUGACAGGGAAGUUCUUCUGAAGCUGGGGAGGCUGGCGUUUGAACAUCUGGAGAAAGGAGACAUCAUGUUCUACCAAGAAGACCUGGAGCAGUGUGGUCUGGAUGUGACAGAGGCCUCGGUGUACUCAGGAGUUUGUACAGAGAUCUUCAAGAGAGAGUGUGUGAUCUUCCAGAAACCAGUCUACUGCUUUGUUCAUCUGAGCAUUCAGGAGUUUCUGGCUGCAGUCUACAUGUUCCACUGUUUCACCAGCAGGAAGACAGAGGAGCUGGAGAAGUUCCUUUAUUCUUAUUAUUAUGGGAACAUCUCAUGUCUGGAUGGUUUCCUGAAGAGAGUCAUGCAGAAAUCCCUCCAGAGUGAAAAUGGCCACCUGGACCUGUUUGUUCGCUUCCUUCAUGGCCUCUCUCUGGAGUCCAACCAGAGACUCUUAGGAGGUCUGCUGGGUCAGACAGAGAACAGUCCAGAAACCAUCCAGAGAGUCAUCAAGAACCUGAAGAAGAUGAACAGUGAUAAAAUCUCUCCUGACAGAGGCAUCAACAUCUUCCACUGUCUGAUGGAGAUGAACGACCUCUCAUUAUUUCAGGAUAUCCAGGAGUUCCUGAAGUCAGAGAACAGAUCAAAGAAGGAACUCUCUGAGAUCCAGUGCUCAGCUCUGGCCUUCAUGCUGCAGAUGUCAGAGGAGGUUCUGGAUGAGCUGGACCUGAACAAGUACAACACAUCAGAUCAGGGACAACUGAGACUGAUUCCAGCUGUGAGGAACUGCAGAAAGGCUCGACUGAUUCAAUGUGGACUCUCAGUGAGUCACUGUGAAGUUGUGGCCUCAGCUCUGAAUUCCAACCCCUCCCAUCUGACACAGCUGGACAUGAGCUGGAAUGACCUGCAGGAUUCAGGAGUGAAGCUUCUGUGUGCUGGACUGGACAGUCCAAACUGUCGACUGGAGACUCUGAGAUUAGAGAGCUGUUUUUUGACAGAGAUCAGCUGUGAUUAUCUGGCAGCAGCUCUGAAGUCCAACCCCUCCCAUCUGAGACAGCUGGACCUGAGGAGAAACAAGCUGCAGGAUUCAGGAGUGAAGCAUCUGUGUGGUUUUCUGGAGAGUCCACGAUGUGUUCUUGAAACUCUGAGAUUGGAGAGCUGUGGUUUGUCAGAGAUCAGCUGUGAUUAUCUGGCAGCAGCUCUGAAGUCCAACCCCUCCCAUCUGAGAGAGCUGGACCUGAGGAGAAACAAGCUGCAGGAUCCAGAUGUGAAGCAGCUGUCUGAUCUUAGGGAGAGUCCACACUGCAGACUGGAGGAGCUGGAGUGGGAGGAUGAUGGUAAACAGGAUGGUGUGUGUGCUGAGAGAGGAGGAGCUGUGUCCUGAUGAUCCAGAGAGGUUGAAGCAGCAGCAGCUUGUGUGCAGAGACGCUCUGACUGGGCCAUGUUACUGGGAGGUGGAGUGGAGAGGAGAGCUUCAUGCAGCAGUGACUGACAGAGGAAUGAGAAGAAGUGCAGAUGACUGUCAGUGCUGCAGAGUGAACUGCUCUGAGAACAGCUCCACUGUCAGACACAAUGUAGAGUCCACCAUCAUCCCUGUGUGUCCCUGUGGAUCUGCCAGAGGAUCAUCAGUGGAUCUGGAUGCUCUGCUGCUGCUCUGUCCUUCUACACAGUCUCUGCAGAGUCUCUGUCUGACACUGGCUUCAGCUUUUCAGGCUUCAUUCUGGAUCACAGUCAGGAGAACAUCACCUGGAAAGGCCUCCAACAACAUCUCCAUCAUAGACACAAUGUUUUUAGGACUUACACAUCAGGUUUUGGUGCUUGGAGAUCAAAUAUAUGCCCAUCUAUAAGUUUCAGUGUUUUCCUUAAAGUAGUUUUUCAUCUAUUAGCAGAACAUUAAUAUUGAUACCAACCAUCUGUCUCACCUGCUUCAUUUAUAUAAUGCAGUCCAUCAGGUCAAAGUGUGAAAAUCUGCACACUGGUUUCACAUAAUAACAGGACACAUGUGAUCUGAGCACUGCUGUGGGUGAGGGGGGGGAUCUAUAUGUGUGCAGUCAUUUAGAUAAUAAGGACAUCUAGUGGUUGAGUGGGAGAACUGCAGCAGGUGGAGGUGUUUCCAUCCAUCCUGCUGUCUUCCUGUAUUGGACAAUGAUGAAUAUUGCAUUAUGAUCAGAGAAUGAUUGAGAGUGUUGGAAAUGAUGAUUGAGGUGAAGAUGACAUCAAUCAAUGGAAACUUGUUAAACAUCAGUUUUUGUUGGCAGAAAGCUGUGAGAGCGAUCUGUUCCAGGAAAUCAGUCAGAGUGGAUGUUGGAGAAAUGAGUUCUGUCACAGUAUGAUAACAUCUUUGGAUAAUAAUGAUGAUGAUGUUACGUGUGUGUGUGCUGCUCAUUUAAGCUGACUGUGUGUGUGAGGGAGUGUUUCUAUGACCUUAUGACCUUUGUACAGAAUGUGUUUCUUUGUAACAAUGAAACGUAGGACAGAAGUGUGAAGAUUUAAUUCUGUGACCUUUGACCUGUCUGAGUUUCAUGUGUGUACGGUGGUACCUGAAGGUUGAUAGAGGUCAGAGGUCAUACUAAUGUCAUGUGUUUAAUUACAGCUACAGUAAGGUCCAAAAUCAACUUUCCAUGUGACUCAGAGACCUUCAGAGACGGCACAAAGCGGAGCAUUGAAAGCCGUCAGUGUUUGUGUUACUGCCUUUGUUUAUGUGCUGUCCUGUUCAUGUGCUCAGGUGUGUGUCUAAGAAUGGCUCAGAGCAGAGGACAAACUGAACUUGGACUGAUGGACAUGCUGCUUUCAUUUUCAUUAAAAGACCUUUACUGGA